AACUUUUCCAUCUCAUAUGCAGAGUUCGAGGGAAACUUUUGCCUCGUCAGCAAACAGCAUUUUUUGUCGUGCAGACUGUGCGAAGACUUCCCGUUCAAAAAUCAGACGUACAAAUUGCUAAUUUUUGUUCUUGUUCUUGUUCUCUUUUGCUUAUUUUUAGCAAAUUCAGUGAAGUACUUGCCUGUCCAUUUGUAAAAUGCCGAGAGAGAAGAGUCCAGGCCUCAAGAUCCUCUGGCUUUGGACCAUUGGCACCGCCGCCAUUCUAGUUACAAGCGUGGUGAGGACAAGGCUAAGGGACAUGGAACAGCAAAUGAAUGCUGAACAGCAGCCAAAAAGCUCUCUCAGCGAUUCAAUUAUAGUAGACAACUCGCUCGCCUCUCAGGAGGGAAUCGAGAAGUGAAAUAAUAGGUUUUAUUUUAAAAAUUUAGUUUCCCAUUCUGUCUGCAAUAUGUUUGAUUUAUGUCCUGAGAGAGUAUCUUAUCGCACGAACGUCAAGUUCUCAUUCUUGUACUCUUAAACAUCCAUUUAUUUUAUGCGAAGCAACUUAAUGAGUUUUACAAAUGCGCUUAAGGUGUCUGUUGGAUGGUCUAAGCGAAGGUUUUUCUUUUCUUCAUAUUUCCAUUUUUCUUUUACUAAACAAACGGUGAUGCUUUUUUGAUGGUUUUAUGCUUCAGAAAUCACUUCCAGAGUAAAUCAAGUUUAAAGUUGAUAACUUUGAUAAUGUAACUCAUUAUAUCAGCCACAUCUGAAUUAAAUGGCAUUUGUUUUGAUUCUUAAGAAGCUUCUAGCCUAUUAUUUGUAAGUGCAUAAAUUGAAUUAACGCCAAUUUAAUGCAUGUAUUGAGUUAUGUUUAUUGAAUAAGAAAGAAUGGUCUCUGAAAGUAAAAGGCUGUCCCAUUUGUUUUUGAAAGCAAAAUAAAUUACCAUUUCACUAUCUGUUUAGAUUAUUACUGGACAGAGAAGAAGACAAAGCCAACCAUUGCUUGGAAGGACAUGGAAGGCUGUUUUGGAGUGGACAUAGCGAUGUUCUUAUAAUAAUCUAUAGAAAACUUGUAAAUGAGAAGAUUUUUCAAGACAUGCUUGACUGUAUCAUUGAUGAAAGAAAGGUCAAACAUGAGUUUCUUUUGUUUCCCUUUUGUUCUGUCUAUUUCUUUUUGUUUGUGCAUAGAUCAGCUUAGGUCUGUACUGAAUAGUGAUGGAUCCCAAAUUAUAUCUUGUUGUAAUUUCUGGAGAUCAAAGAUUCUUUGAGAAUCUCAGAAAUACUGAUUCAUAUAACUUGCUACAAGUGACAUCUGGCUGCCAAAAUUCCGUUCUCCAUAUCGCAGCAAAAUGUGGAGAGUUGCAGAUGGCAGAAAAGAUCAUUCCUUUACAUCCAUCACUUCUGCAUCAAACCAACUCAAAAGGCGAUUCACCACUACAUAUAGCUUCAAGAUUGGGACGUCUCCAGGUGACUCAAUUUCUAAUUAAUUGUGCAAAACUCAUAGAGGUUGAAGUGGAGAAGGAACUGCUGAGGAUGCAGAAUCUGGAAAAAGAUACUGCUUUGCAUGAGGCUGCACGAAAUGGGCACUUUGAGAUUGUGAAUUUACUGAUAAAUGAAGAACCAGAAUUGGCUCGAGUUGUAAAUAAUUCAUUCCUGAAUUGGCUAACUUAUGCCUUUGUUAAUCUAUGGCUUGUAGAGUUUCUGAUUGUUCUGAAAAAUAUGGUCAUACAAAUUAUGGCUGUGUACUGGAAGAUUUUUGUCCUGUAUAUAAACAAGUUCCUUCCUGCUUCUUCCAAGAUCCGCUGUUCACAAAUCAAAUUAUCUUACAAGUUUAGCUUCAUUGGGGCAAAUUUCAUAGGUGAGGUGCUAAAGAGGUGUCUGUCUGCAAUUUCUGAAGCUGAUAAGUUUGGAUGGAUUCCUCUUCACCAUGCUGCAUAUUUGGGCAAUGCAGAAGUUGUUGACCUCUUGCUACAAUUUGAUACCUCCCUAGCUUCUGUGGAGGACAAAGCAGGCACGUCUGCUCUUCACAUAUCUGCAAAGGCUGGUCAUGAUGAUGUUGUGCUACAGCUUAUUGCAAAAUAUCCCGAUAUGUCUGAGUUAUUGGAUAAUACAGAUCGUACAGCUCUCCAAGUUGCUGCAGAAAGUGGUAGGAACAGUGUGGUCAAGGUAUUCCUAUCAACACUAGUUUUUGCAGAUAUCAUAAACAAUCGAGGUAAAGAUGGAAACGCCCCUUUCCAUUGUGCUGCUCUUCAAGGGCACUGUAAAACUUUAUUAUUGCUAGCAAAUGAUUGUAGAGUUGACAAAGGGGCUAUAAACAAGUGGCGUUUGACCACAUUUGACAUUACUAAAUUAAGUACGAAGUUUAGACAACAUGGAAAGGUAUUCUCCACAUAUCCAAGAUGUCAGAAUUCAAUUAUAUUGCAAAAUUCAUGGACUAAUACAGAAAGAUUUAUGGCAAUCUUUUUUUUUUCCCUCCCAAAUACUUGCUGGCUCAAAAUUGAGGAUAAGAGGUACUGUAAGAAGUUUGGAAGAAUUGGACACCAUAAAAAGAAGAAGUGUAUGCUAGUGAUGCUCAGGAACAUGACGAACCACUACAAAGAGAGAAAAGAACCUGGAAAAGGUGCAGCUGAAGCUCUCCAUGAAGAAGCAAAGCCUGCAAGAGAGAAAAAGAAUGCAUCUCAAUGUUUCAAGGAAAUUGGCAAUGUUAACUUGCUGGUAGUAACUAUCAUUGCCGCUGUCAACUUUGUGGCGGGUUUCAGAAUGCCUGGUGGGUACUACAAGGAUGGCCAAGAUAAUCAAGGCUUGGCAAUUUUAAGCAAAGCAUCUGGCUUUAGAGUAUUUGUGAUGGCAAAUUCAUUUGCAUUUGGUUUAUCAACUGCCUCGAUGUUUCUUAAUUUUGGGGCUUCAGGAGUUAAAAGGGAUUAUAUUGCUACUUUCUUGUUAAAAUAUGCCUUCUUGCUCAGUGAAUGGUCCAUUUAUGCUAUGGUUUUAGCAUUUCUUGCAGGCACAUCAGUGGUUAGGCCAAUCAUUGGGGCUAGCUGCAGCUACUGUCACAAUUUGUUUCAUUCUGGGCCCUUUGAUCUGUACUUUUAUUGCUUCUAAUUUGUAUCUUCAAUACUGAUGCUCUCUAUGCAUUAAUUUUAGUAGCUUGUGGUGAUUCCAAUGUGGCUUUUUUUUGGUUAUUUUGAUAUUUAUUCAUUAUAAGUUCAA